AUGAGUCGAGUUCGAACAGUUCUAGCGACGGUGAAGGCGGCAUCCCCCACCCCCAGUGGGCUGACACGGCCAGCGACAUGGCUGGUUUACGUGACCUGCCGUUUACUGGUCAACCUGGCUUGCUCGUUCCCAUUCCAGGAGUACAUGUCUCGAGAUCGAUUUCUUGGCAUUUUGAGAUGUCUGCAUUAUUCAAGAGUUGAUACCCCUGAUCACCCUGAACCUGCUAACAACCGGUCUUUUAAAAUUCAAAAUAUUGUUGAAUAUUUCAACAAUAAGAUGCGACAGAUCUAUUAUCCCGACCGUGAACUGACAAUCGACGAAGAGAUGGUACUGUGGCGUGGCAGACUGGUCUUCCGCCAGUACGUAAAGGGCAAGCGCCACAAAUAUGGGAUCAAAAUUUAUUCCCUGAAUGAACCCGAGGGACUCAUGCUGCGCUUCCAUGUUUACACGGGGAGUCAUGACUCUUGUAGUGGCAAAGGUCAUACCGUCAAAGUCGUCAUGAAGCUGAUGAGGGACUUCCUGGGGAAAGGCCAUUCCCUGUUCAUGGAUAAUUUUUAUAAUAGUUUUGUCUUAUCAUCCAAACUUUUACGUCAUUCAACCUACACUACCGGCACCCUACGCAUCGACAGACUCCAUACACCUCCAGCGGUGAAGGCAAAGGCAUUGGGCAAAGGUGAAACGAUAGCAAACUAUGCCCAAAGUGUCAUGAUUGGAAAAUGGAGGGAUAAGCGGACGGUGACCUACAUCUCCACACAAUAUGACAACGAGAUGGUCCAAACCACCAACCGGAGAAACCAAAAACGAACGCUGCCAAAACCAAUCAUGUACUACAACUCUUACAUGAAGGGGACUGACCGCUUGGACCAAAUGGUAUCGUAUUACCCCUGUGAGCGCAAGACCCUGCGAUGGCACAAGAAAAUUUUUGUGCACUUUCUCCAGGUUGUUGUUGUAAAUUCUUUUUAUCUGUACAACAUGUACAACUCAGAUAGGCUGUCCCUGUAUGACUUCCGAGUUCGUGUACUUGAAGACCUGCUCCCUCCAAAGGAAGCCCCACUGCUCAUCACACCGACUCGCAACAGCAUGCAUCGUCUCUCCAAAUCAAUGAAGCGCAAAGGAAACGGCAAGUCUAUCUCUUCCUCCAGCUUCACGGAAAACCUCAUCGCAUCCUCCUUCAGAUCGCUCUGGGAGCCUAUAGAGUCCUGGCUAGUGUUCAUCUGCACGUCCAUGGAGGCUUGCAACGACGCCUCUUCGCUGACAAACUCCAGAGGAUUGUUUAUGUCCGUCAUGUCCACAUCACUGCGAGUGUUCACUCUCGUUCACAACCGAUCGCUCUUCGUGUUGCUCAAGUUGAUGGACAACUUCACUUUCUUCCACUCCAGGCUCGGCUAUUGCACUGUCAUCAAUCCUGUCUUCUGA